CAUCGACCUGAGCGGAGCGGAGGAGAGCCAUGAGGCGAUAGGGAAUUGCUCGCUCAUAACCAACCACCACUCAUACUCCUCCUCCUCCUUCCCUCCCCUUUCCCUUCCGUGUUCCAAGAGAGGCGCAUGCUCCGGUUGCUAGCUUCAGUUCCAUCCCCGUAGCUCCGCCCCUUCUCCAACAAUCGCCUUUCAGAAUUCGUUAAUCAUCCGAUCGAUCGGCCGUGCAGAAGAAGCCGGAGGCUAACAGAGUCGUCAUCAGGUAGGCUAAGCUAGUGUCCAAGAGAAGAGAGAUACACACGCAGAGGAGGACACAGUCAAGCUGCCACACUGCGGCGUGACUUGGACUAGCCAGUGUGACCGGCCGGUAGCUAGCUUGCUUCUUCUCGGUCUCUACUCCGGCACAAGACAAACUACCAGCAGGUCUUGUUGUUGGUGCCGUGCCAAUCGAAUCAACUCCCAUCAUCAGCUGAGAGCCAAGACGACAGACAUGGCGGCGUCUGCCCACCUGUUCGGACUCGGCGACGCGCAGAUGCAGCCGCGGCCGCCGCAGCAGCAGGCGGCGCCGCCUCCUCCUGCCGCGCCGCCGGCGCCAAAGAAGAAGAGGAAUCAGCCCGGUAACCCAAAAGAUCCUGACGCGGAGGUGAUCGCGCUGUCUCCCAAGACGCUGCUGGCGACGAACCGGUUCGUGUGCGAGGUGUGCAACAAGGGUUUCCAGCGGGAGCAGAACCUGCAGCUCCACCGGCGCGGGCACAACCUGCCGUGGAAGCUGAAGCAGAAGAACCCCAAGGAGACGCGGCGGCGGGUGUACCUGUGCCCGGAGCCGACGUGCGUGCACCACGACCCGUCGAGGGCGCUCGGCGACCUCACCGGCAUCAAGAAGCACUACUGCCGCAAGCACGGCGAGAAGAAGUGGAAGUGCGACAAGUGCAACAAGCGAUACGCCGUGCAGUCCGACUGGAAGGCGCACUCCAAGACCUGCGGCACCAGGGAGUACAGAUGCGACUGCGGCACCCUCUUCUCCAGGAGGGACAGCUUCAUCACCCACCGUGCCUUCUGCGACGCACUGGCGCAGGAGAAUGCAAGGGUGCCGCCCAUCGGCGCCGGCAUGUACGGCGCCGGCGGCAUGGCCUUCGGCCUCUCUGGAAUGGCCGCCUCCCAGCUGCAAUCCUUCCAAGACCAGGCCCACUCCUCGGCCACCACCGCCAUCAGCGGCAAUCCGGCGGCGCAGUUCGAACACCUCAUGCCGACCUCCACCUCGUUCCGCGGCGCGCAGCCGGCGUCGUCGUCCUCCUCGCCGUUCUACCUCGGCGGCGCUGAGGACGGCAACCAGAGCCAACCGGGACACACCUCGCUGCUCCACGGCAAGCCGGCCUUCCACGGCCUGAUGCAGCUGCCGGAGCAGCACGGCCAGCCGGGGAGCAACGGCCUCCUCAACCUGGGGUUCUUCUCGGGCGCGAGCAGCGGCGGCCAGGACGCGCGCCUCGUCUUCCCGGGCCAGUUCAACGGCGCCGCCGGCGGGAACGGCCGCGGCGAUGGCGGCGAGCACGGCAACAGCAGCGCCAACACCGAGUCCGCGGCCAUCUUCUCCGGGAACCUAAUGGGCAACCAAAUGACAGGCGGUGGCGGCGGCGGCUUCUCUUCAUCCUUGUACAACUCAGCUGGGACCGUCGCGCCGCCGCAGAUGUCGGCGACAGCGCUGUUGCAGAAGGCCGCUCAGAUGGGCGCGACGUCGAGCGGCGGCGGUGGCGGAAGCGCGAACUCUCUGCUCAAGGGGCUCGGUAGCGGCGGCGCGUUGAACGGGAGAGCUGCCGGAGCAGCCGGGUUCAUGGCCGGGGAGAGCUCGUCGAGGAGCGCUUCACAGGCCGAGAACGAGAGCCAGUUCCGGGACCUGAUGAACUCGCUCGCCGCUUCCGGGAGCAGCGGCUUCCCCGGCCUGGACGACGGCAAGCCGAGCACGAGAGACUUCCUCGGCGUCGGCGGCGGCGUCGUGCGGAGCAUGGGCGGCGCGGCGGGGCUGCCGCUGCGGCACGGCGCCGCGGGCAUUGGCAUGGGCUCAUUGGACCCGGAAAUGAAGUAGGAGAUCGGAUAAAAAACAACCAAGGCAAGGAUUGCAUGCAUAUAGCUAGCAGCAGCCUAGCUACACUGACUAGGGUUCGUGGAGUUGCAUUGGUUGGUGGAUGGUGAUGAUGAGGCCAUCAAACCAUCAUCAUGUGUUACUUAUGGUAUAUGCUGCAUGGUGAAUACAAUGGUGAUUUGAUCCAUGUUGCAUUAUGUUUUUGAAUUGUGAAUUGGUGAUGGGAUGUAUUGUAGUGUAGUGUAGCUUCUGAAGAACAUGGAAUCGAUCAAGUAAUAAUACCAGUUGGCCGGAACAUUAUUCGUUAAA